AUGACGGGCACGCAAGAGGAGAGCGGCAUUACGGUGACAAUCAGGGGCCCUAGCGCCCUGAAGCUAUCACUGAAUGUGACGCUUGACAUGAGCGUCCAUCAACUUAAGCAAAAGAUCGAGGAGACAAACAAGGAGUUUCGAACGGACAGCGGUAAAGUCCUCAAGGACCCCGACACGCUCGAGUCGUACCAGGUUCAAAAUGGACACACCAUCCACAUGGUCCGCGGCGCCGCGCGAACGACUCCAGACGCGGGAACCACUGCACAGAGCGCUACGCGCACUGCAGAAUCGCAGGGCGUGCCUGCGAACCUGUCGUCUGGGCAGCAGUUUACCAACAACCCUCUCUCUGCACUGAACCGUGCGGACUAUGCCGGGCCGCACAUGGCGAGCCUGCUUAACGAGGCGGGCGGCAUGUUUGGCAACUUUGGCGGGAUGAACCCCCGCGACCCUAACGUGAUGCUCGGCAUGAUGCAGAACCCUGAAUUCUUGCAGCACAUGCGCGAGAUGCUUUCCCAGCCUGAGGUCGUGGACCACAUCAUUGCGAGCAACCCCCAAAUGCAGGCGAUGGGGCCGCAUAUGCGGGAGCUGUUGCGCUCGGAGCAGUUUCAGGAAAUGGUGACGAACCCCGAAUCGAUCCAACGCAUUGCGCAGCUAUCGCAGGUGCUUGGCGGCGCCGGUGCCGGUGCCGGUGCCGGCCUCGGCGGCGCACGCGCGGCAAACGACGCUGGCGAGACGAACCCGCCGCCCAAUCUGUUUGCAGCGCUUGGCGGCCUCGGUGGCAUGGGCGGCGGCGCAAAUAUGGAUUCCCAGCAGGGUCUUGCACAGCUGCAGCAGAUGCUCGGCCAGAGCGGCGGCGCGGCAAAUCCACUCGCUGGUCUCGUUGGCCAGGGCGGCGGUGCGGCAAAUCCACUCGCUGCUCUCGCUGGCCUGGGCGGCCUAGGCGGAGCGCCUUCCGCACCGAGCGCGCCCACCGAUACCCGCGCGCCUGAAGAGCGUUUCGCCGCGCAGCUGGAGCAGCUGCAAGGGAUGGGCUUUUACGAUGCAGCGGCCAACCUGCGUGCGCUUUUGCUGAGCGGCGGAAGUGUCGAGGGAGCUGUGAGUGUACUGAUUGGCAAUUAG